UCUCUGCCUGACACAGAACCAGUCCUCCCACCUCCUCCGCCUCCUCCUCCUUCUUCUUCUAUUGUUCUACAUAAUUACAGCGCUGCGUCAGUGUCUAAAAAUAAACCUGAACAUCAGCUUUAUUUAGAGCAGCUCACAGGUUAAAUCGCCCAGAUUAGACUUAAUCUGAAAAUGAGCAAAAGAGACGACGACGACGCACGUUUCUGUCUGCAGGUGAAGAUCGACUGCUUCGUACUCAGAGACAAAAACAGUUCCUGCUUUAGGUUCCUGAAUGAGAUCAACUGGAUCCAUUUAGGUCCACAACAGGACCCUGCAACCGCUCGACUCUCACUGCUCGUCAGACCUACAAAAGCAAAGAGAGGACAGAGAAGGCAGAGCACAGGUGACAAACCUGUUUGGGGGAGGCAGAGCGUGCAGGUAAGGCUGUGGAAGAGAGGAAAGGGUCUGAAGGGGGCAGUUAUGAAGAGGAUAAGGUAACCAUACGUCCUCUUUUACCCGGACAUGUCCUCUUUUUGGGGGCUGUUCGGCUUUGUCCAGGUGAAGUGUAUAAAAUCCUUCAAAUGUCCGGGGUUUUAUAAGCAAGUUUUGAGUUUGUGUAGCUUCGACUAACCAUAGACUGUAUAAAGAAUGAACGCUGUCUGCCUCCUCGCUGGGUGAAGCCACUUAGAGAGCAGCUCCCUCUGUUGAUUGGCUGCAGUAUAGGUCAUAAAUCCCGCCUCCGCCAGCAAAGCUUAUGGAGCUGUGGACAAACUUUAUAAAUUUAUUACAGAAUAUAAAUAUUUCUCCCUCCUGGUUUUGAUGUUGACAUGUAGUUACUGUCAGACUGGUUUGUGUCCAAGUCCUCUUUUUUCUGUACAGCUCCGUUUUUAAAAGUUAUUAGGGGGUUCAUGUUUUCUAUGAUUGCCACAUGAUACAGCCUAUUGGCGUUCAGGGAUUGCGUAGCUCACCCGGAGGAUACGCUGUUUGAGCCGAGUGUCAUCACAGCGACUCUUGGCGACUCUCCCACCAAAUGCGUACAACGCUACUGCGCAGCGCUGGUUUCAGGAAAUAGAGAAAAAUCCUGGAAAUACAGAGAGCUUUUCUGGCUUCAAAUCCGUAUACAGGCGGGACGCGGAACCGAGUUGUCCGUAGUAUAUACAGUCUAUGGGAAUAACUGAGAUAGAAGUAUAAAAACACUUGACCCAACCCCAAAACACCCUCAAAAUUUUGCGUGCAACUCCACCCCACGUUGUAGUGUCCUCUUUUUAGGGUUUGAGAAUAUAGAUACCCUGGAAAAGGAGGACUGGAAGGGUAGAGGUAAAGUUUUUGUAGAUGAAGUCGAUUAUUUACUUAUUUUUGGAUGAAAUCUGCCUCCAGAAGAAUACAUUUAUUAAAACGACCCUGAAGGUGUUCUCCAAGAAGAAGCUGAAAAGUUUCCGAGCAGGUGACUGACAGAAAUAAUCAUUAUUUACCUUCACGUCUCCCUUCAGCACCACCGUUGAUUCCUCCACUCUGAUUGGUUCCUGAUAGUGCUUUUUGGCUCUUACAGUAAUAAUACACCCUCCUUCCUCCCUUCAUCCACCAGUACCUGGGGGAGAAGAGGUCAGGCUGAGGGCGUGCGAGGCUGUUUCUAUCCAGGAGAGAGAGAGAGAGAGUGCUUUUGGACUGUGAAUGUAAACUGUUAUUAAUGUUCUGCUAACGUCCAGCAUCGAGGAGUUUAUCAGGAACAUUAUUCAGCUCAGAGGAGUGUGUGUUUCUGACCAUCUUUAAUCUUUUCCUCUGCAGAACUUUAUCAAGAGUUUGGAGGCUUCGUGUAAACAGAUUCUGAUGUUCUGCAAAUCACAUCAAACUCAGAUUUGAUUGAAAAUUGUGCACAGACGUGAAGUGAAAUGUUAAAAUGUUUGUGUUGUAUCACAGAUCUUCGCCUGGACCUCAGACCUUCUUCCUGGAAGUCAUGGAUACUGCAUUAAAAAUCAGUCAGCUCGUUUUCACUCGGUCGUUAAGUCUCUAAUAAAUUCACAGAGCCGACGGUUUGAUGCAGAUUCCUCUGGUUUAAGUGUUGUGUGUAUUUGCUGUUUUGACUGUGGUGUGUGUGAAUCUGUGUGUGGACAGUGAAACAGAGCUGUAGUCAACUCUCUCUCUCUCUCUCUCUCUUCCCACGAUGCCUCGCUCUCUCUUCCUCUCCAGAUGGGGAGACAUGAAAACGUUGAAACUUCAAACAUAAAAUUGAGCGAUGGCCUCGCGCUCCAUCGCCAAGAUACGUUUGUUUAAAAUGCACCUCCUCCGAGAAUCUGGCACACGGUUCACACAGAAACAUCUGGAAAACAUGUUCUCCAUUUGUUUCCCUUCUUCUUCUUCUGUGUUUUACAGAGUGAAGCCUCCGAACGCCUGUCAGCGUAGAGAAUGAAAGACAUGAAUCCACCGACGCCAUAUUUAACCGAAGAGGAGCGGGACAGUAACCUUUAAAACAUUCAAAUACAAACUUCUGUUUACCGUAUGUGUCAGAAGAUUUAACACUUUUAACACCCUGGAGUGUGUAUCUGAGAGGAAGUACAACACAAGCAUGCAGCUUGAGAUGUAGUGUGUUCCUAUAAUGUAUGAUGUUAUGUAAUGUACUGGCAGGAGCAGUUCCAGGGUCUGAAGGAGGGCCGCUCAGCCGACUAUUUGACACCUAAAAUAUUAAUAAAAGCACAAAAACCUUAAAGAUAUUUUAAAAAAAAAGUCAAACUAUGAGCUUAUUCGCAAACAUUAAACCCGAGAGAUGAUGUAACACUGUCGAGUCUGACUCCCAGCAGAACAAAAUAUGAGUAAGGUAGACUUUAAAACGGGUCUUCUGACCUCAGAGCUCUUCAUAGUCAGGAACCAUCUGACCAUUUUGAAGAGCUCCUACUUCCCUAUUAUUCUUUAAUGUCCACAAAAACCCUGAUAAUGAGACUCGGCGUCCAUGAAAACUCUGAAAAUGAGACUCAAUAUUCACAGAACCCUAAUAAUAGGACUCAGUAUCCCCUAAAAGCCUCAUCAUGAGACUCAGCGUCCAUGAAAACCCUGAUAAUGAGACUUAAUAUCUACGAAAACCCUGAUAAUGAGUCAUCACGGUUCCUUUUUAUCAAAGCUCAUAGUUAGUGCUGGUUCAGGUCUGGGCCAGCUCUGCUUCAGGUUUAGACCUGGCUUCAUUGAGCACCUUUCCCUCCAUCUCCAUCCUCACUCUGUCUCUGACUUUAAAUCCUCAUGUCCCAUCAUAGUCACCGUCUUGUCUGAGAGUCCCUGAACUCCAUCAUGGACUCCCUCAAACCAAAGUGACCCUGCUUCUUCUUCUUCUUCUUCUGCUGAACACUGGCGGGAAGACGUCCAUAUGUUAACACAUGAGAGCGACAGAUUUUUAAUAUUUCACUCAUACCACCAAACACAGGAGAUUCAGUCAAGAUGCAGGACCGCACACUUGGUUGUUUGUUUGUUUGUUUGUUUGUUUGGAUCUCACAGAAACUUAUGUGAUAAAAUUUGACUUCAGAGAAACAUUCACAGAGACGGUCGGUCUGUUUGAGGAGUGAAGUUUCUCUCUGUGAGCUGAAGGUGAAAGAAAGUUUGAAAGAAGUCUCUCUGUAUGUGUGUGUGUGUGUGUGUGUGUGUGUGUGUGUAUGUGUGUGUGUGUGUGUGUGUGUGUGUGUGUGUGUCAGGGCUUACUGGGAGGAAACCAGUAUUUAAUUUUUUGAACCAGUAGUGAGGAUUAAUCUGCUCCCUGAAGACCUGAUCCAGAUGGAUCCAAUCAGACGCCCCCGAGAGACCGACCAGCAGAGAGACAUCAUUUUUACUCCUACUUCUUCUUCUUCUUCUACUGUUCGGCCUUUUUUCUUCUUCCUUUUUUUCUAUCUUGUCAUUUUUCUUUUCCUCUGGAUCUCCACUGUAGAUGUCCUGCUGCUGUGGACCAGUCUGCUUCUCAUCUGCUCUAACUUGAAACAUCAGUGUCAGUGUUUUUACCAAAGCUAAUGCUGAGGUUGUGGGAGAUGACGGUCUAACAUCAGUCUGGUUCUGCUCGAGGUUUCUGCCUGUAAAAGGAAGUUCUUCUUUUCCACUGUAACUUCAUAAAUACUGCACAGAGUUUUGUUCAUGAUGGAUUUUUGCUCUUUUUCUUCUUUUUCAAAGAGGGUUAAAGUAUCGACUUCCUGGACGUGACGCCUUGAACCAGUAAACAUCGGCACUUUCGGCUAACUUCCUGUGAUGUCACUUCCCUGUGUGGAUCAUCCCUCUAGCAAUAUUUUUUUUUCGUACGAUGGUAGGGGAAGGUCCCACUUCCUUCACCUCUAACUGGCUGUGAAACAUCAUCGAACAUCGAACAGAACACUAUCGCACUUCUGAAUCUCCUAACCCUAACCCUAACCCUAACCGUAGCUCUAACCC